UGUACUGUUUAGAUGAUAAAAUGUCAAAAUGUUUAAAUCUAACUGAAAACUGUUAACUGGGACUCAUUCCCUGUGGCACAUAAGAAUUUAGAGGUCAAAAUGUGGAAUACCACUAAUUUAAUAAUUACAUGCUGAUUGUAGGCAAAUGUGACUACCAUGUCUUCCUACAUGUACAAGAGAUAGAGAUCAGCGUAAACUGGGAUCUAAGAGUGCAAUAACCAGACUUGAAUAGGGUACUACUUCCAUUGAUUAUAAUAGAACUGGAACUACUGGGAUCUAAGAGUGCAAUAACCAGACUUGAAUAGGGAUAGUUAAUCGAUCAAGAAUCAAAGAAAUAUGGCCUCACACAACACAAGUACCAGUGAGACCAAGAACCUCCUGGAUACGUCACAUGACACAUCACAUGACAUGUCACAUGACAUUUCUGGUGAUCUGGAUGAUUCAGAAGUUGACAAGACAGCAAUGGAAACUGACUUGGACAAACUUCACAAAAAAAAACAUGACAAGGUUGGUGAUCAUGAUAAAGGUGACAAGUCUCAUGUUGAACAUGACACAAAAGAUGAUGUUGAGACAGAAGAAGAGGAAAUGGAAAGUGAUGUUGAAAAAGAUGAGAAGUAUGGUAGUUUAGAGCUGGAUUUCUGCGAGAUUGAUAAGGAUGAAUCUGCUGCUGGUCUCAUUAUUCCUGAUGCAGCAAUAGACAGAAGAAGGGAUGGAGACAUUGAUGACCGUGUGGAUGAUCUCACAAGAAGUUUAUUGGGGCUUGAAGGGGGAGUGGAGGUUACCCCCAUGUCUGCCUCUCGGAGAGGGUUCAGAAAAUACAACGAGGCUCUGAAAGGGGCACUACCCAUCAGGUUCAAAAAAAGUGCAGCAGAAGAGAUUCCAUCCUCCACUGCUGGCUUCCUGUCACUGAUGACGUUUUCUUGGCAGACGUCGAUGAUGUGGAACAUCUACCGCAAGGGUAUAGAACACGUGCAGCACAUGCGUAUAGGCCCCAGGGAGCAGUCACAUACAAACAGUGAAAGAUUGAGGCGCUUAUGGCAACAGGAGUUAUCAAGACGUGGACCAAAGAACGCCUCGUUCAUACGAGUCGUGUUGUUGUUUAUUCGUACUCGUUUUCUCAUAGCCUCCGUAUUUAUACUGCUCACAGUCGCCGCACAAUUCUCUGUCCCAGCAUUCAUUCUUCAUCGUCUUCUGUCACAUCUGAACUCGGGCAACCUUGAUACCAAGUUGGGGAUUGGACUUGUGGUUGCCCUAGGUGCGAUGGAACUGGGCCGGGCACUGUUCUUUGCACUAGCCUGGUAUUAUAACUAUACAACCGGCGUUCGUGUUCGCGGGGCCACUAUGGGGUUACUAUACCAGAAAGUGCUAAGAUUAAGAAAUCUUGGAGACAAAACAGUUGGGGAGCUAGUGAACUUACUAAACAACGAUGCUCAGAGGAUAUUUGAUGCUGUGGUUAUCGGUCCUCUCAUGUUGCCCGGACCUUUAGUGCUUCUAGCUGGCCUGAUUUACAUGCUCUGGCUGAUUGGGCCGUGGGCCUUUGUUACCGUAGGAACAUUUGUCGCAUUCUAUCCAUUCAUGUUCUUGGUGUCCCAUUUGACCAAUUAUUACAGACGAAGGUGUAUUGUGAUAACUGACAAAAGGGUGCGGAUGAUGAAUGAGCUGCUUACAUGCAUCAAGUUGAUUAAAAUGUAUGCAUGGGAGAAGUCAUUUGCCAAGACUAUUUCAGCAAUCCGCGCCGAGGAGCGUCGCUUUCUGGAGAAGGGUGCGUACGUUCAGAGCAUCAGUACCGCUACAGCGCCCAUAGUUCCUGUGAUGGCCUCUAUAUUCACCUUCCUGGCGUACGUCCUUACCGGGAAUGAACUCACACCAGUCAUUGCUUUCACGAUUAUCUCGGUUCUGAACUCAAUGCGUUUUACCCUCGGUGUUCUCCCAUUUGCUGUGAAGUCAGUUGCUGAUGCCAAGGUCUCCUUUAAGAGAUAUAAGGACAUCCUUCUGAUGGAUGAGAUGGAGCCACACCGCUGGCAGGUGUUCAAUGACAGAUACGCCGUUGUGAUGAACCAUGCCACUUAUAGAUGGGACAAGGAACCCGUAAAGAAUUCAGACAAGAACGGCAAAGGCAAACAGAAUGGUCAAUGUAAGCCAUUCAGGCCUGGCCAGGAGGAGAAUGAGAGGUUACAUUCCACUGAUACUGGCAACGGAGACGUCACUUUUGUGGACACUCCAACCUUGAGGGACAUCACGUUUAAUAUUGAAAAGGGCAAGCUUGUGGGCAUAUGUGGGAGUGUGGGAUGCGGAAAGUCUUCCCUCUUGUCUGCCUUACUGGGCCGGCUUAUAAAUGUUUCUGGGAAGACGGCCAUACAGGGAUCAACUGCGUAUGUUUCCCAACAGGCCUGGAUCAUGAACACCAGUGUUCGAGAGAAUAUUUUAUUUGGGGAGGAAUAUGACGAGCACAGGUAUGCCUCUGUGGUGGAAGCUUGCUGUUUGGUGGAGGAUUUUGGGGACUUUGUGGACGGGGACAUGACUGAGAUUGGAGAGAGAGGUAUCAACCUGAGUGGUGGACAGAAGCAGCGGGUCAGCCUGGCGCGAGCUGUGUACAGCAACAAGGCCGUGUACUUGCUGGACGACCCUCUCUCCGCUGUUGACAUUCACAUUGGCAGGCACAUCUUCUCCCAGUGCAUUCGCAAACUGCUUAAGGGCAAAACUGUGCUCUUCGUUACACAUCAACUGCAGUACCUCAGUGAAUGUGACAACGUCAUGUUUAUGAGGGAUGGAAUGAUUGUUCACGCGGGGACGCACCAGCAGCUGAUGGCAGAAGACACUGACUAUUCUGCACUGAUCAAAAUGUUCUACAGCCAGGAUAAGAAGAAGGGUGGUAGUCAGGAAAGCCUAGAAGGUCGACCCAAGUCUAUCCACAAGCAGUUUUCAGUCGAUCGUCCGGACUUAAUGCGACAGAGGACGUUAUCGUCAGGAUCUCGUGGUGAGCCCCCACAGACACAUCGUCAGACCAGCGUCAUGUCGUCUCGCACUAUGAGUGUGGAGGAAGAAAAAAAGGAACAAUCGGGAGGAGGAAAAUUGAUAGUAGCGGAAGAGAAGCACCAAGGUCGUGUUGGCUUGCCCAUGUAUCGGGCCUACCUAAAGGCUGCUGGUGGCUACAUGGUUACCUUUUUAACGCUCCUGUUAUUCCUCGUCGCAAUUGCGACCCAGUCAUUUGCCAAUUGGUGGUUGUCCCACUGGCUGAAUCAGGGGAGUGGCAAUACUACGGUGACUGAUGGCAACCUAACAUAUGUGAGUCGCAGCAUAUCGGACAAUCCUAAUCUCCAUUUCUACACGAGUAUAUACGGGGCAAGCAUAGGGGCCAUGAUUAUCACCACUGCCAUUAGGGCCUUUAUCUUCAUGAAGGUUACACUUCGUGCCUCCAGCAACAUGCACAAUCUGAUCUUCAAGAAGAUGAUGGCUUCUCCCAUGAAAUUCUUUGACACCACUCCUGUUGGAAGAAUCAUCAAUCGCUUCUCAUCUGAUCUUGAUGAAGUGGAUGUGAGACUGCCCAGUGCCAGUGAGAUGUUGAUCCAGAACAUGUUCCUUAUUACGUUCUCGCUGGUCAUCAUCGCCGUCGUGUUGCCAUGGUUUCUGAUUGCCCUUGUGCCAUUGGUCGGCUUCUUUCUUGUGCUGAACGCGGUCUUCACAUCCGGGGUGCGAGAGUUGAUGAGAAUGAAUCUGAUUACAAAGUCUCCCGUUGUGAGUCACGUGACAGCGUCCAUUCAGGGUAUCACCACCAUCCACGCCUUCAACAAGACCCAGCAGUUCAUUGAGAAGUUUCAGGAGCUCAUAGACAAGAACUCGUGCUACUUUCACUUGUUCAACUGUUCCAACCGAUGGUUGGCGUUUCGUCUAGACUUGAUAAGUGGAUCUGUUGUUGCGUUCUCAGGGCUUUGUGUCAUCCUUUCCUAUGAGCACAUUACUCCGGCACAGGCUGGCCUGGCCAUGUCAUUCGCCAUUCAGAUGACAGGUUUGUUCCAAUUCUCCGUACGGCAAGCGAUUGAUUGUGAGGCUAAGUUUGUUGCAGUCCAAAGGUUGAUGACAUAUUCAAAAGACGUGGAAUCUGAAGCCCCAGCAGUAAUUAAGGACAAACGCCCACCAGCGGACUGGCCCAAGCCAGGGGAGAUAAUUUUUGACAAGUACAAGAUGAGAUAUCGGGAUAACCUGCCCUUAGCGUUGAAGGGACUGAGUUUCAAGAUACGAGCGAAAGACAAAGUUGGAAUUGUGGGCCGGUCAGGUUCAGGCAAGUCCUCUUUGGGAGUGGCCUUGUUUCGAUUGGUGGAGCCUGAUUCAGGGACCAUCUACAUUGACAACAUCAACAUCGCCACCAUCGGGCUUGAGGACCUCAGAUCUAGACUUGCCAUCAUUCCUCAGGACCCUGUGCUGUUUGUAGGCACAGUCAGGUAUAACCUUGACCCUUUUGGCCUGCACAAAGACAGCGACCUGUGGGAAGCACUGGAAAAAUGUCAUGUGAAAGACACUAUACUCUCUCUGGAGCUGAAGUUGGACCACAUGGUCGUUGAGAAUGGCGAGAAUUUUUCUGUUGGAGAGAGACAACUCAUCUGCAUGGCCCGGGCACUGCUAAGAAACAGCAAGAUCCUCAUGCUGGACGAGGCGACUGCAGCCAUUGACACGGAGACAGACUCUCUGGUACAGCAGACAAUCAAAGACACGUUCAGUGAGUGCACCAUGUUGAUCAUAGCUCACAGAUUGAAUACCGUGCUGGGGUGUGAUAAGAUUCUCGUCAUGGAAGAUGGAAAGGUCGCUGAGUAUGGCAGACCCAAGGACCUGCUUCAGAGCAAGACAUCCAAGUUUAAAACCAUGAUGGAGGCAGCUGAUAAACAGGGGGAGAGUGUGGUAUCCUGAUUUGCACUUAUUAUAAAGUGUUGUUCUCUAACGUUCUUGAAAUAAAGUGUUACAUACUGAAUAUAUGUGAUUUUGACACAAUGUUACUUGAGAUGGGCAGCGGCUAUUGAAUUAGGUGUAUUACAGUUUCCUUAUCAGCUGAUCUUAAUGUUAUCGAAGGUGCUACCGUCAAUUAACGUUAGUCAUUGUGUUUUGUUACAUGAAUAGUUAGUGUAUUUCUUUAAUGUUGGUAAAUGAUAUCUUAGCGUUCUUUUAUAUAUGAUGAUGUUUUGAAGGGUGUUAUUACCUGGUAUAAAUAGGACCAAAAUGAGACACACCGUACACAUUAUAUAGGUAAUAUAGAGUGUGGACAUUCAUUAAAUAUCUACUGGUAAAAGUGCAUGUGAAGCUUCUUUAAGAUCAAGGUCAAUUUGUAUGACAUCAUUUGCAAUUUAAAUAUUACAUUGCAAUCGAAAUAUGUAAAACAUAUCAAUGUUUAUAAUCAAAUAAUAUCCCCGUCGAUUAAUGAGAUCAGAACGGGAACAUGUAACUGUUGUUUAUUAUGCUAGGGUAAUUUGUAUUUUGUUUAUUCAUAGUAUUUAUAGAAUGAAUAUUUUUGAAUACAUGUAUGUAGGUAUAUACAAAAUUUUAGAACUGACGUGGACUCGUAGCGAAAAUACGUAUGUGUUUUCUAAGUUAUCAUUAGAAAUUGAUACAAUUGUAAACGUUACGAUUGAAAAACAACUAAACAAUUUGACAAAGUAUUUUUAAAUAAGUUGGAGUGUUUUUGUUGUUUUGUGUGACAUUCCGGAUUGCUUAUAUGAAGUAUAAACUGUAUGUGUUCAUACAGGUAAUUGAAGGGUUGUUAAGGUGAUUGCUUUUAAAUCAAGGUCAGCCCAGGUGAGGUAAACUGUUCUUGUUUUUGUUAUUGUCUUUGUUAUCCUUUUUUGUUUUAUACAUGUACUGGAGCUUUCAAGUUCCAUUGUUAACAUUUAUUAAAUUUGAAGCAUUAAAUCAUGAAAAAUGUCAAUGUCUGUGAACACGUCCCUUUUAGGGGAUGGUGGCUGUAUGCUGAAUCAGGGAUUGAACUACACUUUAGAGCAGGUUGUCACUUUCAGAAUAUGACAGUAUUAAAAGGAAUUUCUAUAGUUUCAUUAUUUACAUAUUUUCCAUAUUUACCAUGUUAUUUAGUGCCUUAUUCCAAAGUUUAAACAAAUAUUUUUUUAAUUUUUACAUGAACAUGAGUUUACAAAAUAAUGUUAUUGUAAUAUUUUGCAUACUGUAUUACAUAAUUAUGUUUGUUGCUUGGAACUGCAUUCCAUUUUAAACAUGUUUCUUUAUAUGUACCUAUAUUGUUCUAUUAUAAUCAUUAUCUACUAAUAAAUAUACAAGGAAUGCUCCAGUGGUAAACAAAUCCUUCCGCUCUUGAAAAUAUUGUUUUUCUUCGAAUGGUGUUAUCAUGUACACAAGCUGUUUUAUAUCCAUAUUUUCAUCAUUUACCAUUCUGUAUGACAUUAACCUUUGUGGGAUGGAAAACUGGCUUUGUACACAACAGAUUGAUACAAAAUGGUGAACAUUGGUGGCAAGCUAUUUUAAAAUUGUCUUAUGUAGUAAAAACUUGAGACCAGA